ACAACAGCCUUCGCAGAUAGUUCCUCUUCUUCUGGAAAAAUACGCGACAAUGCCACGUCAUCACUUAUUCUUAGCUGGUCAACUAUACUUCCUAAUAAUCCGCGUCCUUACAAUUUAACUAUAAAUAACAACUCUCAAACCAAAACCCCUAACAAUUAAUCAUCACUUCAGCGAUAUAUAUAAAUUAUAAAUAUACCAGCAAAUUAAAAUUCUUUUAAUUUCAAAUCAUCAAUGGAGAGAUACGAGCAGUACGAGAGAGUUUUCAAGCACUUCGACUCCAACGGCGACGGCAGAAUAUCUCCUGAGGAGCUCCGGCAUUGCGUGGCCUCAAUAGGCGGUGUGAUGACGGCGGAUGAGGCGGAGGCGGCGGUGGCGCUGGUGGACUCCGACGGAGAUGGGCAGAUGUGUUUGGAUGAUUUCGUGAGGAUAGUGGAGGGUGCGGGUGAUGAAGAAAAGGCGAGCGAUUUGAAAUGGGCGUUCAAAUUGUACGAAAUGGAGGGAAGCGGGUGCAUUACACCGGAGAGUUUGAAAAGAAUGCUUAGCAAAUUGGGUCAGAGGAGUACCGUUGACCAGUGCAGGAAUAUGAUUGCUCGAUUUGAUAUUAAUGGAGAUGGUGUUCUUAAUUUCGACGAGUUUAAGGUUAUGAUGUCGGCUUGUUGAUCGAUGCAUGGAUGGAUGUCUACUGUACGAUACGACGUCGUUAUUUGCUUAGUUAGCCUUUUUCAAUAUAUGUUUCUCCGUCUGCAUGUAUGUAUGUAGAUUAAUUCACCAAUAUUGAUUGGUCGAGUUUAUUCUUUGAUUUUAUUAAUCUUUGAUUGAUAUCUGUAUUGAUAAAACACAGUUGCUAGCUAGUAUUUGUUAAUCGAUAAUACAUAUAUAUAGUUGAUCACUUCAUU